AGGGGAGUCCAUACAACAGCCUUGGGUGAGAAUCAUAGAGACUACAUAAACAAUAACAGAACAGAAGAAGAAGAGCAAGAAAAGAGGAAUGAAGGCGAUGAAGAAGGAAGGAAACAAUUGAUACUGAUCGAAGACAACGCAAUAGUAACUAAGACAGUUAACGAAAGAACAGGAGAAGAUUUAGAGGUGGUCAAUAGCAUGCACAUGCAAGCAGCAGUAACAGACAGGAGUGUUGAUUGGGCAAUUGAAGAAGCAGUUCCACUAAACCAACAAAACUUAGAAUCAGAAGAAGACCUGGAGUUUGAAGCAUCAAUUUGGGUGCAUCAGAACAUCAUCAAACUCAGCAAGGAAUUUGGGUUGGCCUUUAAUGGCUGCGAGAGAGAAGCUUAGGAAUUGUUCAUGAAGAUUGACAAUAGAAGACAAGCAAACAAAGGGAAAGAAGUGACACAAGUGAACCAGACUCCGAAGAAAAAGGGAUUCAAAGAACUGAAAGGCCUGGAAAUUGGAAGCAAUUUCAAGAGCAAUGGUACUAGAAGUAGUGGGGUUACAUCGUUGUCAAAAGUUUGUUACUAAGGUGGAAAAUAGAUAUAAUCUGUUUUCAAGAAUCUAAAAUAGAGGGGGAUAUUAGGGAGAUAGUUAGAAAGCUAUGGGGUCACAGAGGGGUAAAAUAUACUUAACUGGAGGCUAGCGGGACUAGAGGGGGAAUUGUAGUAAUGUGGGAUGGUAGAGCAUGGAAGGAGGAAGUAUGUGGUGUGGGUGCUCACACACUUGUAAAUUUUCAGGUAAGACUCAGGAUUAUGUAUGGCAUUUAUCAGUUGUGUAUGCUCCGCAUGACAGAAGAAGAAGGGAAGAAGUGUGGUGGGAGUUGGCAGGGGUAAGAGGUCUAUUUACAGGACCAUGGGUGGUGUGUGGGGACUUUAAUACUGUGAGAUUCCCAUCUGAGAAGAAGAACUGCUCUAGAAUCACAAGAGCAAUGAUGGACUUUUCAAAUUUUAUUGAAGAUAUGGAACUAGUAGAUAUCCAGUUAGCAGGGGGUGAUUACACAUGGAGAAAAGGGGAUAGACAUGUAACAACAGCUAGAUUGAAUAGAUUUUUGAUCUCAGCUGACCGGAAUGAAGACUUUAGGAACAUAAAGCAGUAAGUGAUUCUGAAGGUAAAGUAAUACCAUUCCCCAUUGAUGCUCAAAUGUGGGAGCUGGGAACCAGUUAAAUCAUACUUCAAGUUUGAAAACUGGUGGCUUCAGGCUGAGGGAUUUAAACUGGAAUCUCACAUUCAGAAGGAUGUUAAAUGACGGGGAGAUUGACAGAGUUGUGGAGUUCUACAGUUCUUUGUAGCAGUUCGGUGGUGUCAACUCAAACCAAGAUCAAUACCUAAUCAAGUGGCAAGGCAAUAGUCAAGGGAAGUUUUCUGUUAAGGAUGCCUACAAGGAGUUUAAUGCAUCCAAUAAUCAGGUGGAUUGCUGGUCAUGGAAGAUGAUUUGGAAAGUUAAAAUUCCAUACAAAGGUGGUCUGCCACAUGGUUACUGGCAAGAGAAGCAGUUCUAACACAGGACAAUUUAACUAGAAGAGGAUUCCAAUUUAUGUUCCAAAUGCUACUUAUGUGGAGAGAAGGCAAAGACAAUUAACCAUCUUUUUCUGCAUUGCAAGUUCACCAUCCAGAUAUGGAGAAUUUUCAUCAGUUUGAGGGGAAUUCAAUAGUCCUUAAUAUUCUAGCCAGCUGGAGUAAAGAGGGCACACUAUCUAGAGAAGGAGAGAUGGAAAAUUGUCCCAACCUGCAUAUGGUGGACAGUUUGGGAAGAGAGGAAUCGAAAAUGUUUUGAAGAUAAGUCUAGCAAUAUUCAGAAGAUAAAGAUGAAAUGUUUAGCUCUUUUCUAUUUUUGGUGUAAAGGAAAUGGUUAGUUUGAUGAUGAAGAAGAAGGCCUUUCCUGCUGCUUUCAAGUGUUACUAUAACUUCCAUAAAAUUAAUGAUUUAUCAAGUGGCAACCUGCCUUUCAAAAUGGUGAUCCAUGUACAAGAAGAUUCAGGCUUCCAGCGUUACCAGAAAGAGAUGAGGAAGGAUCCAGCAUUGUGGCCUUUAUAUCGAGGCUUUUUCAUUGACCUGGAUUUAUUCAAGGCCAAUGAGGAGGAAGCUUCUGAAAUGGUACAAUGUAGCAAUAUGGGAAAAAAUGAAGAGGACAGUAGUUUAGCUGAUGAAGAUGCAAAUCUGAUGGUCAAGUUGAAAUUUCUUCCUUACAAGUUGAGAACUUUUCUGAUCCGUAAUGGCUUGUCGACUCUGCGCAAAGGCCCCUCUGCUUACAGCACUUAUUACCUGAGGCAAAUGAAAAUUUGGAAUACUUCAGCAGCCAAGCAACAGGAACUCAGCAAGAUGCUUGAUGAAUGGGCAGUAUAUAUAUGCACACACUAUCGGAAGAAGUCAUUAUCAUCAUGGACAUACCUAAGUGAAGCUGAGCCCUUCCUUGAACAAUAUGCAAAACGUAGUCCACAAAAUCAGGCUUUGAUUGGAUCUGCUGGAAAUUUUGUCGAAGUUGAAGAUAUCAUGGCCACUGUUGAAGGACAAGAUGUAGAUGGUGGUCUCAAGUCGGAGAAAGAUAUUGCACCUUCAAGCCCUAAUAUUUCCACCAAAGACAUGGUUGCGGAGAAUGAUGGUCUCAUUGUUUUCUUUCCAGGAAUACCAGGUUGUGCUAAAUCUGCUCUUUGUAUGGAAAUACUGAAUGCUUCAGGAGGGCUUGGAGAUGGACGACCAGUUCAUAGUUUAAUGGGUGAUCGUGUUAAAUGCAAAUAUUGGCAAAAUGUUGUUGGUGAACGCCGAAGAAAACCUCACUCAGUUAUGCUUGCUGACAAGAAUGCACCAAAUGAGGAAGCAUGGAGACAGAUUGAGAACGUGUGCCUAAGCACCAAUGCAUCUGCUAUUCCAGUUAUACCUGAUUCAGAAGGAACUGAAAUCAAUCCAUUCUCUGUUGAUGCACUUGCGGUUUUUAUAUUCCGAGUACUUCACCGAGCUAAUCACCCGGGGAAUCUUGGCAAGUCAUCUCCAAAUGCUGGAUAUGUGCUGCUAAUGUUUUAUCACUUUUAUGAGGGAAAGAGUCGUCAGGAGUUCGAGAGUGAGCUUAUUGAACGUUUUGGCUCUCUUGUCAGAAUGCCUCUAUUGAAACCUGAAAGGCCCCCUCUUCCGGAUUCUGUGAGGUCUAUUAUUGAGGAGGGAAUCUAUCUGUACAAGCUUCACACGAACAAACAUAGAAGAUUGGGGUCUAGAAAAGGGACAUAUGCUAAAGAUUGGGUUAAAUGGGAGAAGCAAUUGAGGGAUAUUCUACUUGGAAAUGCCGACUACCUCAAUUCAAUACAGGUUCCAUUUGAAUUUGUUGUUAAAGAAGUCUUGGAACAACUGAGAGCUAUUGUAAGGGGUGAGUAUGCAGCGCCUACUUCUAAGAAGGGGAAGCUUGAAUCUAUUGUGUUUGCUGCUGUCAACCUGCCAGUGCCAGAAAUUCUAGGUCUUCUGAAUGACCUAGCCCAAAAAAAUCCGAAAGUUGGUGAUUUCUUGAAGGACAAAAGCAUAGACAACUACAUUCAGAAUGCCCAUUUGACCUUGGCUCACAAGAGAAGUCACGGUGUCAAUGUAUUUGCCGAUUACAGUUCCUUUCUUCACCAAAAGGUGUCAGUAGAGGUGACUGCGUUGUUGUUCUCCGAAAAAUUGGCUGCACUAGAAGCGGAGCCUGGCUUUGUUGAAGGUGAAAAGGUCAAUUCCAAAAAUCAUUGGCCUCAUGUCACAGUAUGGACCGGCGAAAGAGUUGCAGCCAGAGAAGCUAAUACAAUGCCACAAUUACUUUCACAAGGAAAGGCUACUCGAAUUGAUAUAAAUCCACCGGUCACUAUAACGGGUACUUUUGAAUUCUACAUAUAACAACUUUGUAAGAGUGUCUUGGAUUGGAAAUAGUUUUGCAGGAUAGAAUUAGAUCAAGAGAAAUGUAUAAUAUGUAAGUAUUAUAGAGUUACGGGUACUGUUGAAACACCGGGUAGCAACUUAUUGAA